AUGAGCAAAUCGAAGAAGUCAAAGCCGACGUACUCGCUGCAAAAUAUCACGCAAAUUCCCGGACUUAUCGCAUUUCUGGUGUGCAAGGGAAACGCCAUCGUGAGUGAUUCCGAGCACUGAGUUUUCCGCAUACUUUCUAACGAAAAAAACAUUAAAAAUUUCAAAAGCUGCAAAAUUUCAACUUUUUCUAAGCUAAACCUUCGAUUCGACGAAAACUAUGAAAAAAUCGCUGAACGAUUUGCUCCAGCUUGAGUAUUCCAGCAAAAUCGUCCUCAUUCAGUAGAAUUCUUAAAAUUUCCAGGUGCACAACACGUUCCCAGAGUCAGAAAAUCCGCGCCAAAUCGCGUACAAUGCGAUGCGAAUGGCGACCCGAACGCAAGGACCGGAGCUCAGCGAGCAGAAAGUGCACACGAUCCAGGUUCAGUACGACGAUUUCCAAGUGGAGAUGUUCCAGAUCGGCGGACACUUUUGCGUCAUCAAAAAGAAGAUUGAAUUCGAUUAA